CAAAUGCCUGGAAUAAUUCCGCUUCCGUUUGGAAAGCCGCAGCCUCAGUCCCGCCGCCGCCGCCCGCCGUGGCCGCCCAGCUCCAGCUCCAGCUCCGGGUCCUGCCGCCAUGGCCACAUCCCCGCAGAAGUCGCCCUCAGUUCCCAAAUCUCCCACCCCCAAGUCGCCUCCGUCCCGCAAGAAGGAUGACUCGUUCUUGGGGAAACUCGGAGGGACCCUGGCCCGGAGGAAGAAAGCCAAGGAAGUGUCCGAGUUCCAAGAAGAAGGAAUGAAUGCCAUCAACCUGCCCCUUAGCCCCAUCUCCUUCGAGCUGGACCCUGAGGACACCAUGCUGGAGGAGAACGAGGUGCGGACUAUGGUGGAUCCAAACUCACGCAGUGACCCCAAGCUUCAAGAGCUGAUGAAGGUGCUCAUUGACUGGAUCAAUGACGUGCUGGUGGGAGAAAGGAUCAUUGUGAAGGACCUGGCUGAAGAUCUCUAUGACGGCCAAGUCCUGCAGAAGCUCUUCGAGAAACUGGAGAGUGAGAAGCUCAACGUGGCAGAGGUCACCCAGUCGGAGAUCGCCCAGAAGCAGAAGCUGCAGACUGUGCUGGAGAAGAUCAACGAAACGCUGAAGCUUCCUCCUAGGAGCAUCAAGUGGAGCGUCGACUCCGUUCAUGCCAAGAGCCUGGUUGCCAUCCUCCACCUGCUGGUCGCCCUGUCUCAGUAUUUCCGGGCACCAAUCCGACUCCCAGACCAUGUUUCCAUCCAAGUGGUUGUGGUCCAGAAACGAGAAGGGAUCCUCCAGUCUCGACAAAUCCAAGAGGAAAUAACUGGUAACACAGAGGCCCUUUCCGGAAGACAUGAGCGUGAUGCCUUUGACACGCUGUUUGACCAUGCACCGGACAAGCUCAACGUGGUGAAGAAGACCCUCAUCACGUUCGUGAACAAGCAUCUGAAUAAACUAAACUUGGAGGUCACAGAACUGGAGACGCAGUUUGCAGAUGGGGUCUACCUGGUGCUGCUCAUGGGGCUCCUGGAAGGCUACUUUGUACCCCUGCACAGCUUCUUCUUGACCCCAGACAGCUUUGAACAGAAGGUCCUGAAUGUCUCCUUUGCCUUUGAGCUCAUGCAAGAUGGAGGGCUGGAAAAGCCUAAGCCUCGGCCAGAAGACAUUGUCAACUGCGAUUUGAAGUCCACGCUGCGAGUGCUAUACAAUCUCUUCACCAAGUACCGAAAUGUGGAGUAAGGGCCUGGGCUGCCUGCUGCUGCUGCCCCGGCCACUCUCAUGCAGGCCGUCUGGACCAGCUUCCCAACCGCCUUGCCCUGCUUGCUCUUGCCUCUUCCUCUACGCUCUCCCACAAGCCCAGCAACUACCCAGAGAUAGUGGACAUUGAAAUCAGUAAGGAAGUGACCACUAACCCAGUGGGCUAGCAACAUCUAUAGGCCCUGGGGACUGAGCCAGCAAGUGACCUGGGAAAUUCUCCCUGUCCAAAUUCAGUCCUCAGAUGUUCCUACGUGUGCUGUGGGAAUUGACACAGCCUAGAGACAGUCCCCCAGAACACAGAAACAAAGAUCAGAGCU